UUGAUGCCGUUUCAAUUCGCCGUCUACAAAUAAUCGGCAGGAAUAACUGUAGCUGCGAUACAUUGGGACACGUGUGGGUGAAGAAGUUACCCGGCAAGGCGGCAACAGAGCUUGAGCUUGAAGAGGAGCAAGCAGACCCCGGAGAGGUUUAGGGUUUUUACUUUCGUGCCUUUACUGUACUGGUUAUAAUUUCUCAACCAGUUCGAGUAAACCCUAAUAAUGGAGGAGGAGCUUGAAACUGAAGUUCAAACGUCUGGGAAGAGAAAAACCCCUGAAAAAUCAUCGGCGGGCAGUGACCAAGAGUCCGACUCUAAACGACGCAAUUUGACCCGCACAUGUGUGCACGAGGUUGCGGUCUGCAGUGGCUACGUUUCAACGAAAGAAGAAGCUGUCCAUGGGACCCUCUCGGACCCUGUUUUCAAUGGCGAGAUGGCUAAAAGCUACCAGUUUGAACUCGACCCGUUUCAGCGGGUAUCAGUGGCGUGUCUGGAGAGAAACGAGUCCGUUUUGGUCUCAGCUCAUACCUCUGCUGGGAAAACUGCGGUGGCUGAAUAUGCUAUUGCAAUGGCAUUUAGGGAUAAGCAGAGAGUUAUUUACACAUCGCCAUUGAAAGCUUUGAGUAACCAGAAAUAUAGGGAGUUGCAUCAGGAGUUUCAAGAUGUGGGACUAAUGACUGGGGAUGUAACCCUGUCGCCUAAUGCAAGUUGUUUGGUCAUGACCACAGAGAUUCUACGUGGAAUGCUGUUUAGGGGAUCAGAGGUUUUGAAGGAAGUGGCAUGGGUUAUUUUUGAUGAGAUUCACUACAUGAAGGAUCGAGAAAGAGGGGUUGUAUGGGAGGAGAGCAUUAUAUUCUUGCCACCAGAGAUUAAGAUGGUGUUUUUGUCUGCAACCAUGUCAAAUGCCACUGAGUUUGCAGAGUGGAUUUGUCAUUUGCACAAGCAGCCAUGCCAUGUGGUGUACACUGAUUUCAGGCCAACUCCCUUGCAGCAUUAUGUAUUUCCUAUUGGGGGCAGCGGGCUGUAUCUUGUGGUCGAUGAGAAUGAGCAAUUUAGGGAGGAAAAUUUUGUGACUAUGCAGGAAACUUUCUCGAAGAAAGUAGGUGAGGGCAAAAAGAGCGCAAAUGGGACAGCCAGCGGCAGAAUCAAUAGAAAUGGGACUGCUUUUGGGGGCUCUGACAUCUACAGAAUUGUGAAGAUGAUUAUGGAACGGAAAUUUCAGCCAGUUAUCGUGUUCAGCUUUAGCAGAAGGGAGUGCGAGCAACAUGCAAUGUCUAUGUCCAAACUUGAUUUUAAUACUCCAGAGGAAAAAGAUGAUGUGGAACAGGUUUUUCGCAAUGCUAUACUUUGCUUGAAUGAAGAAGACAGAAAUUUACCUGCCAUUGAGUUGAUGUUGCCGCUACUUCAGCGAGGAAUCGCUGUUCAUCAUUCUGGACUUCUACCUGUUAUAAAGGAAUUAGUGGAGCUUCUCUUUCAGGAAGGCCUUGUGAAGGCCCUCUUUGCAACAGAGACAUUUGCCAUGGGCUUAAACAUGCCUGCAAAAACUGUCGUCUUUACUUCUGUUAAGAAGUGGGAUGGUGACAGUCACCGAUACAUGGGAUCUGGUGAGUAUAUACAGAUGAGUGGAAGAGCCGGACGACGUGGCAAGGAUCUGCGUGGUAUUUGUAUUAUAAUGGUUGAUGAACAGAUGGAGAUGAAUACUCUCAAGGACAUGGUUUUGGGUAAACCAGCUCCUCUUGUCAGUACUUUCAGACUCAGCUACUACUCAAUAUUAAAUUUAAUGAGCCGUGCCGAUGGCCAAUUCACCGCUGAACAUGUGAUAAAAAAUUCGUUCCAUCAAUUUCAGUAUGAGAAGGCUUUACCUGAUAUAGAUAAAAAGGUGUCAAAGCUAGAAGAGGAAGUUGUCAUGCUUGAUGCUUCAGGAGAAGCUGAAGUUGCUGACUAUCAUAAACUAAAACUUGAUUUGGUCCAACUUGAAAAGAAGAUGAUGUCAGAAAUGACAAGGCCAGAGAGAGUUCUUUACUAUCUUCGUCCCGGACGGUUGGUCAAGGUAAGAGAAGGAGGAACAGAUUGGGGUUGGGGAGUUGUUGUUAAUGUCAUGAAAAAGCCCUCAGGGGCAGGGUCGAUGCCUUCACGUGGCAGUAACUAUAUAGUGGAUACUUUACUGCAUUGUUCGCCAGGUUCAAGUGACAGCAGUUCACGGCCAAAGCCAUGCCCACCCCGUCCUGGGGAUAAGGGAGAGAUGCAUGUUGUCCCUGUCCAGCUGCCCCUAAUUUCUUCGCUAGGCAAAAUCAUGAUAUCUAUCCCUUCCGAUCUCCGGCCGCUUGAAGCAAGGCAAAGCAUACUGCUAGCAGUGCAGGAGCUGGAAACUCGAUUUCCUAAUGGUCUUCCAAAGCUUAAUCCCGUAAAGGACAUGAAUAUAGAUGAUCCAGAAAUUGUUGAGUUGGUCAGUCAAAUUGAGGAAUUAGAAAGGAAGUUGCAAGCUCAUCCCCUGCUCAAGUCUGAAGACGUUGGUCAAAUUAAAUGUUUCCAAAGGAAAGCAGAGGUGAAUCACGAAAUUCAACAACUUAAGUCAAAGAUGCGUGAUUCACAGCUUCAAAAAUUUCGUGAUGAACUGAGGAAUAGGUCACGAGUAUUGAAAAAGCUUGGCCAUAUUGAUGCUGAUAGUAUUGUCCAGUUGAAGGGAAGAGCAGCCUGCCUGAUAGACACGGGAGAUGAACUCCUAGUUACUGAACUGAUGUUCAAUGGUACAUUCAAUGACCUUGAUCCUCACCAAGUUGCGGCACUUGCAAGUUGUUUCAUUCCAGUUGACAAAUCAAGCGAACAAGUUCAUUUGAGAACGGAACUUGCUAAACCAUUACAACAACUUCAAGAGAGUGCUAGAAAAAUUGCAGAGAUACAACAUGAAUGCAAAUUAGAUAUAAAUGUUGAUGAAUACGUUGAGUCAACAGUGAGGCCGUUUUUGAUGGAUGUAAUCUAUUGUUGGUCAAAGGGGGCAAGUUUUGCGGAUGUUAUUCAAAUGACUGACAUCUUUGAAGGCAGUAUCAUUAGGAGUGCUAGAAGACUUGAUGAAUUUCUUAACCAGUUGCGUGCUGCUGCUAAUGCUGUGGGAGAAGUGAAUUUGGAGAGCAAGUUUGCCGCAGCCAGCGAAAGCCUUCGCAGAGGUAUUAUGUUUGCGAAUUCCCUUUAUCUCUGAACUAGGCUUCUGCCGGAUCUUGUAGACUUGUACACAGGUGAGACCCAAUACAUUUUGCUGCAGAUUGAUGGUAUUUUAGUUGGAGGUAUGCCAUUGUCUGACUUUUAAGUUGCUUGUAGGGUACUUGUUUCCAUUAUGUAAGAUAACCUUUGGGAGCCGUUCCUAUUGCUAUUGUAGGUCAAGGAAAUCAUGUGAAUAUGGCCCUGUUUUUAAAUUUGCAGCUUGUACUGUUGCUGCUUUUGAUAAUUUUAUUUUACUUUUGAUUAUGGUUAUAGAUAAAAAAUUGAGGAAUUAUUGGGUCUCAAGUAUUUUUGUUAAUGGAGAAUAUGGAAUCUAUUUACUUUUCAA